GGUGAGAUGGGGGGGAGUCCGUGGGAUGUGGGGAGGCCGUUUGAUUGGUUUGACUGGGCUGAUAGGGCCUAACAACCGUGGAGGUACCUGGGUUUGAAUAGCGUGAUUUUAGCUUUUUUCGAAGGGUUCGGCAAUUUGAACGACGCCAAAUCUGCGACGUGCAUAAAUCAUCCACUCCCCCAAGUCGACCCCUCCUUUCCUCACCAACCUAUUCUUCCGUCUAUAAGAACGCCGUCGAAAGUCGUAAACUACUUCUCUUCGAAAUCAACCGCCAAAAUGACUGUCCCUAACGGAAACGGCAAGAGCACCUUCCUCUUCACCUCAGAGUCGGUUGGCGAGGGUCACCCGAUCUGCGAUCAAGUCUCGGACGCCAUCCUCGAUGCCUGCCUCAAGGAGGACCCCCUCUCCAAGGUCGCUUGCGAGACCGCAGCCAAGACCGGUAUGAUCAUGGUCUUCGGUGAGAUUACCACCAAGGCCCACCUCGACUACCAGAAGAUCAUUCGUGGUGCCAUCAAGGACAUCGGUUACGACUCCUCUGAGAAGGGCUUCGACUACAAGACAUGCAACGUCCUCGUUGCUAUUGAGCAGCAAUCGCCCGACAUUGCUCAGGGUCUCCACUACGAGGAGGCUCUCGAGAAGCUCGGUGCUGGUGACCAGGGUAUCAUGUUCGGAUAUGCCACCGACGAGACCCCCGAGCUCCUUCCUCUGACCGUCCUCCUCUCCCACAAGCUGAACUCGGCCAUGACCAAGGCCCGCAAGGAUGGUACUCUGCCAUGGCUGCGACCCGACACCAAGACUCAGGUCACUGUCGAGUACGCCCACGAUGGCGGUGCCGUCGUCCCUCUCCGUGUUGACACCGUCGUCGUCUCUGCCCAGCACAGCGAGGACAUCACUACCGAGAAGCUCCGCGAGGAGAUCAAGGAGAAGAUCAUCAAGCAGGUCAUCCCCGAGAAGAUGCUUGAUGACAAGACCGUCUACCACAUCCAACCCUCCGGUCUUUUCAUCAUCGGUGGUCCCCAGGGUGACGCCGGUCUUACUGGACGUAAGAUCAUCGUUGACACCUACGGUGGUUGGGGUGCCCACGGUGGUGGUGCUUUCUCCGGAAAGGACUACUCCAAGGUCGACCGUUCCGCUGCCUACCUUGCGCGCUGGAUCGCCAAGUCACUCGUGAACGCCAAGCUGGCCCGCCGCGCACUCGUGCAGCUGUCAUACGCCAUCGGUGUCGCCGAGCCCCUCUCUCUCUUCGUUGAGACAUACGGUACCUCCGACAAGUCCUCGGACGAGCUCGUCGAGAUUGUCAAGAACAACUUCGACCUUCGCCCCGGUGUCAUUGUCAAGGAGCUUAACCUCAUCAACCCCAUCUACUUCCAGACCGCUAAGAACGGUCACUUCACUAACCAGGAGUUCACCUGGGAGAAGCCCAAGGAGCUCAAGCUCUAAUUUUAAUGCCUUUUGCAUACAGUGCGCAUGAAUCAACUUCAUCGCACAUCAAGAUUUAACGACGACAUGGAUCGCGAAUGAGAAAGAUUUGCAUAUCUUUGGGAGGCGGGUAAAGAGCCUUUUCAACAAGUGUU